AUGACAGAAUCAGAUAUUUUUAUAGAAAAAAUAGACAAAAUAUUAAUGGAUUCACUGGAAUGGGACUUGAAAAGUUUAAUUAGUGUUUUUCCUUACUCAAAAAAUACUUCAAAUGAUGCAAAAAAAGAUUCAAAUAUUCAAGAAAUAUUAACAAAAAAAUGUAUAAAAGAUCUUGAAAUUACAAACGAAUUAAAUAGCUCUAUAAUGUCUUGUAAUAAAACCUUGGAUUCCAUAGAAUCUUAUCUUUUUGACCUGCAAAAUAAUCUUGAAGCAAUCAAUAAUGAGAUGGAGUCUUUAAAACUACGUUCUUUAACUAUUAAUCAGCAAUUACAAGUACGAAAGAAUACAGAAAGAAGAAUUAAUGAUGUUAUAAAUGAUUUCAUUCUUCCCCCUGAAACUAUUUAUUGUAUUUCAGAAUCAAAAAUCGAUGAAAAAUGGUUACAUAAUCUUUCUAUUCUUGAUAAUAUGUUAGAUCGUUUUGAUGCUAAUAAGAAAGAACAAGGUUCAUGUAAAAUACAAGAAUAUGUAGAAAAAGAAGUAGAAAAACUUUUAUGGAUAGCGAUUGGACGAAUACGAGAAUUUUUAAUAAAUAAAAUCAAAAUAUUAUAUACUCCCUAUAGCAAUUUAAGAGCAAUUCACCAAUCACUUAUAAAAUACAAAUGUUUAUUUACUUUUUUAUUUAAAAGACAAAAUCAAAUAAUUUUUGAAAUUAAACAAACUUAUCAAAAUAUUAUUCAAUGGUAUUAUAUUUAUCAUUUUGAAAAAUAUAAGGCUUUUUUAGAAAAACUUGAAAUGAAUACAUUUGAUACUAUUGUUUUAAAUUGUGAAAAAACAUCUAAAAAGAAUACUGCAUUUCCUCAAAAAAAAAUACAAGUUUUCUCAUCAUAUCAAGAAUUUGAUAUUAACCAUAGAGCUAGUCUUAUUUCAGGAGAAAAUCAAAAUAUUAUUAUGACUCAUAUUUCUAAUGAUGAUAAAAAAACUCAUAAUUUGGAAUUCGUUUUUUAUAGUUAUAAUCAAGUUUUGGUUAAUAAUAUCAUUUUAGAAUAUUUAUUUCUUUCGGAAUUUAUGUUAUUUAAUAAUUCUCAGGAAUUAAACAAUUAUCUUAAAAACUUAUUUGAGACUACUUUAUCUGAUUCAAAAAUAUUUAAUCAGCAAUUAAUAGAGAACUCAUGCGAUAUUAUAGGAAUUCUUCUUUCUGUAAAAACAAUAGAAAAACUAAAUUCAGAUUUAAAAAAUAAAGAAAUUUUCAUUUUUGAUGAUUAUAUAAACGAAAUAUCUACAUUGCUUUGGAAUCAAUUUGAAAAGUCUAUUAAUUUGCAUUGCAAAAAUUUAAAACAAAUAUCAAUUAAAAACUCAUUAACAGAAAAUCAUAAUAGAACAAUUCCAGAUGUACUUACACAAAAAUUUGGUGACCUGUUAAAUGGAAUUUUUAUUAUGUUUUCUAAAAACUAUGAUAAACUUAUAGAAACAAAUAUUCAAAAAUUAGUGGACAGUCUCAUAAUAUAUCUUACAGAAAUUAGUAAUAAAAUGAAAAAUGAAAAAGAAAGAAAACUGUUUCUUUAUAAUAAUUACUCCUUAAUGCUAGCUAUAAUUAAUAAUACUGAAGGAUACUUGGCAAAAAAACAACAAACAUAUUUUUACAAUCUUCAGAUUAAUAUAAAAAAAUCAUAA